AUGCCAUCACAACUUGGAAAAUACACACUCAUCAGAACCCUCGGUAGCGGAGCCAACUCAAAGGUCAAGCUCGGACUCGACAAAACAACCAACAGAUACUUCGCAGUAAAAAUCCUAAAGAAGGGUAACCCAAAUCUCGAUUCAAAGUUUUUGGAGCUUGUUAUGACUGAAGUUCACACAAUGAGUCAAUUAAAUCACCCAAACAUUGUGAAUCUUGUUGAAUAUGGAAAGGACGGAGUCGUCGAAAAGUCAACCGGAGUCAAAGAGCCAGUUAUUUACAUUGUCCUUGAACUCGCCACAGGAGGAGAAUUAUUCGACUACGUCGCUACUACCGGUAGAUUCUCAGAGCCAAUCGCCAGAUUCUAUUUCCAUCAACUAAUUGAAGGUCUUGAAUAUGUACAUAAUAAGGGUGUCGUCCACAGAGAUCUAAAACCUGAAAACGUCUUAUACGAUCAAUUCUUCAAUCUUAAGAUUGCCGAUUUCGGUUUCGCUGCUCCACUCGAAGGAAGAGACGGAUCAGGCUAUUGUAAGACAAAAUUAGGUACUGAGAGUUACAUGGCUCCAGAAAUUCAUAUGAGAAAGCCUUACAACGGCACCUCAGUCGAUCUUUUCGCCUCAGCCAUCAUUCUAUUUAUUACCUUCACUCAACACCCACCCUUCACCAAGGCUGUUCCAGAGGAUCCAUUCUAUAAGCUUCUCUGUGCAAACAGACCAGAUCUUUUCUGGAAAGCUCACUCUAAAAACAAGCCAAACGGAGCUGAUUUCUUCAGUGAAGAAUUCAAAAAUUUGAUCACAGUGAUGCUUCAAUUCAAUCCCACCCAAAGAAUUUCACUUGCUGAGGUCAAGGCACACCCAUGGUACAACGGACCAGUUGCUACUAUUGAGGACAUUCAAUAGGAAUUCGCCAAUAGAAAGGGUAAAAUCGAUGCUGAAAAUGAGGCAAAGAGACUUGCUAAGGAGCAAGAAAGAGCCAACAGAGCAACUGGUGGCUAUGCUGCUCAAAGAAGAGUCUACAGAAAAGGUGUUGUCCAAAGAUCUCAUGAAACAGGAGACAGAGAUGUCGAUUUGGAGGAAGAGAGCAAGUGGCAAAUUGAAGAGAUAAAGAGAAACCUUGAGGAGUACAACCCAAUCGUUAAGAAGACUACCGAGUUCUUCACUACCGAACUCCCAGAUGAUAUUCUUGACGAAUUAGUCGGGUACUUCGAGGAAAAAGGCUACAAACCAGAGGUAGCUAAGGAUAAAUAUAAAAUGAAGGUUCAAGUUCUCAAAGAGAAGGAAAACGAGCCAAUUGUAGAUCUAAGCAUCUAAAUAACCAAGGCUGCUGUAGAUAAAUAUUGCGUUGAAUUCCUCAGACUUGAUGGAGAUCAAUUUGAUUUCUUCAAGUAAUACAACAUUAUUAAGGAAGAGCUAGACUUAGAGGACACCGUGUAUUGA